AAGAAAUAUUAAAAUUGGAUCAAGAAGAAUAUAAAAGAGUAGGUCCAACCACACACUACUUAGUUCAUCUACACAUUUAAGUUCUGGCUUCUUAAUACCUCCCCAUCGCUGGAGCCAUUAAUGGCGAAGGCAGACCAGAAAGAAGAAGGAAUGGAGAGCCCAAAGCCCACAAUUCUUCAUUUCAGCCACAGCCACCCAUUGGAGCUCACCAAUCUCAGCACCCUCAACAUCAAUGGAAAAUCACAGUUGUCAUGUUCAGGAUGUAAGCAAAAGCUGUCAUCCAAAUACGCUUAUUGCUGCCUCUCCUGCAACUAUUUCCUCCACGCUUCCUGUUCUCAGCUGCCACCGGAGGUCCGCCACCCGGUAGACAAGGACCACCCUCUUUGUCUCUCCGCUGUCGCGCCAUACCCAGGUGGGGUGUUCAAGUGCAGUGGCUGCAGCGAGCCGGGUAGUGGCUUCUACUAUGCGUGCGGGAGCUGUAGGUUGGAGCUGCACGCACAGUGCGCAAACAUGCCCCUCCAUAUCCGCAACCCUGCCCACAGGCACCCCUUGGAACUCAGUGUUGCCGUUGCCCGCGGCGGCAUGGGCUUCUUCUGCCUUGUCUGUGGCAAGUAUGGUCGCAAGAGUUGGCGAUACAGGUGCAAGUCCUGUGUCUUCGAUGCGCACCCAGGAUGUGUCCUUGACAAGAACCCUCCACCGGAGCCAGAAAUCAUUCCUGAGCCCUCAGAGAGGUCGAUUCCAGAGGAGAAAAAAGGUUCUAAAAGUUCAUUAACGCGUGAAAUAGGAGGGCGCGUCAUGGAGACAGCAGCAGUGGCCAUCGUUUCAAAUGUCAUUGGCAGCAUGUUUUCUUAGGCAUCAUGUACCUGUAUCUGAUAUAUACAAGGAAUGUACAAGGGACGAACAA